CGAGAACGCCUAUAUAUGUAACAUUUACGACGGCACGGUGGCUACUCUCCAAAGCCGGGGGUAUGAUCGGGUGAGAGACAAGGGCCAUUUGAGCGUGUAUUGGAAGAUCAACACGGAUGGAUUGUAUCGUAGUUAUGAUAAAACUCACUGGAGUUUUGAUACCGAGUGGUCCAGCAUUGAUUGACUAACUUUGUUUAAUUUAAGAGAAAUUUACCUAAAUAGGACUAAAACAUAAUGACUUUCCCAAUAUAGGAUCAUAUGUUUUUAUUUCUCAAUAUGACUCUCUCUUUUAGAUUGAAUCGAAACAAAUCAAGUUGCAGAUCAUUUGUUUGAUUGGUGGGAUGUUCAUGGACCUUGAUAUCUCAUGGUUGCUCGUAUGGGACAUGAUUUGUUGGUCGUGUCAGAGUCUGCAUUUAGUACUGGUGGUCGUCAUAUUGAUGUGUUUCAAACAUCUUUAACCCCUAAGUUUGAAUGGUCAUGACCUCAGCAGAGUGGGUUUUUUCAUACAGGACGAUUUGAGUUGCAGGCGUAACAAUUGGGCAUAGUCCGUUUUUUUGUUGGCGGUGGAACUGAAAAGAAUGAUACAAUGCGUUAUCAUUUCAAUCUCAUAGCUUUUGGAGCUGAUACUCGCGUCCUGAACAUGUCCAAUUAUGCAUGCUCAGUGGUACCAAAUACAGUGCAAAACAUUUCUGCUCGUGUUUAUGGUACCUAAUUGAUGACUUCAUUAAAAAAGGGGUUGAGUUCAAGUGAGCACUUAUUGUGGUGAAAAUUUGCUGCUAUCGUUUGGAGGAGCUAAUGAUUUCUGUUAUAAGAAUGAUGUGAGAUAAUGCGUGUUAACAAAGAGAGUGUAAUUACACAAAACUACACCAAAUCUCAAUUACACAUGUGGUGUCCACAGUCCGUUGGACGUGUUCGCAAUUUAGUGGGAAUGGUUGAGAACCAAGCAGCAUGGGGAAAUUUCAGGACCAGGCUAUGGUCAUGCAGGUGCAACCGUGCAACAAUUGGAGAUAGUUGGUUUAUUGUUGGUGGUGGCAAUGGCAGCACUGAUUGCUUGGAACUACGGACUGCUUUUAAUUCUUUGACAUACGAGGAGCUGUCAGCAAAAACUAUGUUGGUGAAAGAGUUUGAUCUGGAAACCAUACUUGGUUAGAUUUCACGACUUCAUGAGAUGCACCGUUUUCAUUGAGUGGCUUGAGUUGGGAGCUUGGAUUCAAAGACUUCUCUCCAGACUUUCCCCACUUUCUGCCCGCCCAAUUGUCCACUAUUGUUGUCAGGAUCCACUAGUCUUUUCUUUCUGCAAGAUAGAACAAGACAAGAUCGCAUCAUGGACCUCGAUGAUUCAAAAGUUGUAGAUGAAGAACUUAAGGAUGAUUCAAAUGUUGUAGAUGAGUGACUUGAGGAUGAUCCAUACAUUACACAUCAUUAGUUUGGUUGGUGGCAUGUUCAUGGACCUCCCUAUCUUGUGGUUGCUCGUACGGCAUGUGAUUUGUUUGCCAGAGUCUGCGUUUAGUGUCUGGUCGUCAUCUUGAUGCGUUUCAAACAUCUUUAACCCCUAAGGUUGUCCUGCUUCAAUUCAUGUCUACGGAACAUGGGUUCCCCUAUUAGUCUCAGGGAGUCGACCUGAAUGACGAGCUUGGGUACUUAAAUACAUGCCAUUUCCACUAGCAUAUAUGCUGUUGGCUCUUUUUUCCAACAAAGUAUCGAUCUUUAUUUGGCUCCACGUGAAUUCAAUUGCAUUGCGUUGAAUUUUCUUGGGCCUUGUAUGAAUUAUUUGCUUGAGGCAUGGAACAGCAGUAAUGUGAGAUGAACUGUACAUCUAUGGGGACUAAAACCAAACUACUGUAGGUGCUUGAUUUGAACUGUUUGACUUGGCAUAAGCUCAUUGGCACUGAUUCGGGAGAAAAAGCAUGUGAAAGCAAGUCACAGUGAAUAUUUAAUGAAAGCCCAUUCAUUGG